UUUUUUUUUUUGGUGCCCUGCACUUUGCUGCACUGGCCACUCUGCAAGUGUGCAUGGGGAGGAGCCAAAGGAUGGGGCCGGGGCUGUGCAGGGAGGAGGCAGGGGGCCCCCUGGGCUCCUGUCCCCGGAGCUUCUGGAGCCCUGCAUGGAGAGCAGUGUGGAGUGGGCUGGGCGCUGACUGUGGCCCCAUCUGCAGGUGGCCGUGGUGCCCGGGCCUGCCCCAUAGCAGGCUGCCAUGUCUCGGGAGGCGGGCUCGUGCCGCGUGGGCACAGGGGCGAGGGCGCGGUCUCGGAAGCCGAAGAAGCCACACUACAUCCCGCGGCCCUGGGGCAAACCCUACAACUACAAAUGCUUCCAGUGCCCAUUCACCUGCCUGGAGAAGUCACACCUCUACAAUCACAUGAAGUACAGCCUCUGCAAAGACUCCCUCUCCCUGCUGCUGGACUCCCCGGACUGGGCGUGCCGCCGCCGCCCCACCACGCCCCGGCCCCGCGCACCCACCCCAGACCGCCCUGGGGAGUCCGACCCUGUCAGGCUGCCCCGAGGAGCGCGGCCCCCAGAUGCUGCCCGCACGCCUGACCACGUUGUGGAUGCCGUUGUCCACUCCCUGCACCGUGGCAGGGGCCCCAAGCCCGGGGCCCAGGGGUCCCCAGGGCCACCACCCCCUGGGGCUAGGGCCACCAGGAAAGGUCCCAGCCCAGGUGGGCUCCUGCCUGAGUCGUGGAAGCCAGGGAUGGGAGGGGGCCCAAGGGGCGUGGCUGUGGGGGACGUGGCCUCAGCAGGCCCUGAAGGCAGCAUCCCCUGCUUCCCCCCACCUACUCCAGGGGAGUUCCCCGAGGCCCAUAGCCUCCACCUGUCCCUGCUGGGUGUCAACUACCCACUCAGCCCGGGCCUCUUCUCCUACCUGGGGCCCUCACUGGCCGCUGCGGCCCACGUGCCCUUCCUGGCCUCAGCCAGCCCCCUGCUGCCCCCGGCUGCAGCAUUCCCAGCCCCGCAGCCCCCUCAGCGCCCCCCGCUUGUCCCCCGUCUGUACUACCCGCUGCUCCUGGAGCACACUCUGGGGCCGCCCACAGGCAAAGCUGUUCUUGCCAAGGCCCCUGUCCCUCCGAAGGGUCUCCCUGGGACUCUGGCUCCUGGCCUGCUGAAGGCACCGGUUCCAGGGCUGGGGCCGUGGCCCCGAGUCACCCCCAGAGACUCAGGGCAGGAGGGGGAGUUGGAGCGGGUAGCCCAGAGUGACCCCAGGAGGAGGCUGUCCCUGGGAAGCAGGCUGGAGCUCCCGAAGGCGCCCCCCGGUCUCACAAAGUUCUGUUCCCGGAGCAGCCUGCCCACCGACUCCUCUGCGAUGAUGUGGCCUCAGGACAGGGAGCCAGGCGGCCCUGAGACCCCCGGCCCCGAGGGUCCCUUCCCCCUGCAGCCACGGGGCCCGGCGCCGGGAAGCCCAGGGCGCGUGGGUGAGGACCUGACCCGGGCCCUCGGUGACUACGCCAGUUUAGAGCGACGCCUCGGGCAGCUGGUGCCCGCUGGGGGUCUAGCCCCGAGUCCCCUGCGGGAGCAGCUGGGCAAGAUCCGCCUGGAGCUGCUCACCAUUCACCAGGCACUGGAGCAGGCCUCGAGGCUGCCUGACGCACCCCUCGACCUCUCUGUGAAACGGGGGCCUGCCAAGGGGCCUGAGGCUCUUGGAGAGGCCUGGGGGCAGCCCGAGCUAGGUCCCAUGUUGGCUGGAGGGACCCCUGAGCCACCCAGCAUGCUGGGCCCCGAAGCACCCGAAGCCUUCUCUGGCCAUACCACCAAGUGUGAAGCUGACUCCAGUGUCCCCCCACCAGGGCUCCCUCUCCCGGCCCCAGACGACCCUGUCCUUCCUGGCAGUGGCUGGGGCACCUGUGUUGGGACGGGGAGCUCCCAGACCCCAGAGGCUGUCUGCCGCCUGCAGGGCCCCCCGGGAGCUGAGGUCUGACCUGCAGCACCUGCGGUCUGUCUGUCUCGGCCCCCAGUGUGCCCGACCCUCACCUGGUCCAGCCCCGUGGCCAAGGCCUGGGACCCGUCCCCCGUCAGCAUGCAUGUGGAUAGACCCCCUCGGGCCGUGGCCAAGGCUUGUCCCUGGGGCCACACAGGGAGGGGGAGGUCACGGUUAUUUAUUAAUCACAACUGUGGACAUUAAAACAGAAACUGUCUUCACA